AUGAAGCGGGUGUGUGAAUCGAGCGGCGAUAGGAUCACCAAUCUUCCUGCUGAUGUGUUAAAGCGGAUUCUGGUGUUGUUACCCAUCAAAGAUGCUAUCAAAACGGCCACAUUGUCAACAAAGUGGAGGCGGCAAUGGAAAAGCAUUCCUCAUCUCGUGUUCCAUGACGAUUUCGCUGUUCAAAAGGGUUGUCCGUCUCAACCAACGCAGACGAUGACGAUGAUGGACGAGUCGUCACUACUACCGAACAUUUACAAAGUUCUGAUGCUUCAUAAUGGGCCAAUAACAAAGUUUGAGCUUUCGAUUGUUCGAAUUUUUAUUGGUUCCAGCCACCAGAAUGCGAUGGAUCAGAUCAUCCUCCAUCUUUCUGAUCAUAGAGGUCACAGUCUCAGUGAGGUAUCCCUUGUCUCCCCUGCUCCUCUGGUUUACAAGUUGCAUUCUGCCUUGUUUUCCUGUCUUCACAUCAGCAGGCUGAGGCUUAGCCAUUGUGAGCUCAGACAGCCAUCACGGUUUGUGGGGUUUAGCAAGCUCAGGGUUCUUCAACUGUGGACAGUAACCCUGCCGGCUGAUUUCUUUGAGAACUUCCUCCUCAAGUGCCCCGUGCUUGAAACCCUCAGGGUUUCAGUUUGUCCUGGCACUCCAAAUCAUCUCGAAAUCGCGACCCCAUGCCUCCGAGAGUUCUGCUUCUCCGGGUGUUUCGAGAGAAUCUGCUUCAAGUCCACUCCACUUCUGAAGCUAGUUUCGAUUCAUAAACGUAGUGUAUACGUGGAGAAUCCCCCGGAUAUGGCAGCUUUCUUUGCUUCUCUGCCAGCACUCCAACGGUUCUCUGCUGAGGGAUAUCUCAUAGGACUAGAUCUGACCGCAGCUAGUGACGCGAUACCAGCCUUGUUGGAAGCAGAACACCAUGGUGGAUCCCGUUGUUAUUUGCAGCGUCUUAAAGAGUUUGAAUUUAGGGGAAUCCAUGGGGUUCGGGUUGAGCUAGACCUCGUGGGGUUCGUACUGGCCUCUGCCCCGCUACUUGAGAAGGUUCACAUAACCCCUGUUGGCAGAUUGGAACCCGGAAAGGUUUUCGGGUUCAUGAAAACUGUGAUGCAAUAUAAGUGUGCUUCUAGAGAAGCAGAGGUCAUAUAUGCAGGGAGAUACGAGGGUUAA